ACGUUCGCACUACAUGAAACAUCAACACUGUAUGACGCACAUCCUUGGUAGCAGCACCAUGCUAAAGCUAAGCUAAGCUAGCCAGCGGCAGCCUGUGUGUCGUAGAUCGGCUGUUUGACGUCUUUAUCCGCGGUAAAUUAGUCCUGGACGGCGCACAAGAACCCGGUACACUUCUCUCGUAUUUGUCUGGGAUGUAUGGAUGGAUAGUUGACGGAAUAUCGUCGCUGUUUGAGCCCGUUACGGGGCAGAAGCCCAACGAGACCGAGUGGCCCGGGAGAGGAGCCGCUGGCGGGGAGCGACCCACGCGGCCAGAGCCCCACGAGCCCCCCGGAAGAGCGGCCAAGCGGAGCUACCAGAGUGUUGAUGUUGCAGACAGUGUUUGCCAGAAUGACCAAGUAGAGGUGAAAAGGCGGAGACGAGAUGUCGUCAUCAGCUUCGUGAAGAAGACGGUGGCCGGAGUAGCAGGUCUGCUCAGGCUGAGGAGUCCUCUGACCACCCGGUGGGAGAAACCCAGACAUUAUGAGGAGACGCAGCCUGUAACUCUGAUGGGGAUAGAUGAGCUCCACACCUCAUGGCUGAACAGUUCUGAGUGGAAAAUGAGUAAACCAGGAGGAGGAGUGAACGAGAGGAGCGGGAAGAAUCCCUUCCAGAGCUCCUCGCCUCCUCUAAUGAGGAAAUACAGUGGUGCAGGUUUGACUGCAGGAGUCCCGGACCGGGGGAAGGAUCGGGACCGGAGGGCCCCCCUCCAGCUGCUGCCCUCCAGACCGGCUCUGAGGGUCGGGACCACAAACCCUGAUCCAACCUGCAACGGCUUCGGACACAACCGCUGCUACAAGCCCAGUCUCACAGUGGAAGAGGCCAUAAAGCAGGACAAUAAAGAGCACUACAGGCGUCUGCUGGAGAUGGUAACAGAGAAAUACAGCAGGAGUCAACCACUGCCCUUCAACCAGACCAAACCCAAAUAUGAGUCUCUGUUGGCUGAUCACAAAACUGCUGCUUCUGGAAAAGCCUUUGAAUCAGUGCAGAGGAAGACGGGAUAUAUGGCUGGCCCAAGUGUGUUUACAUGGAGAAAUGCAUCUGCAGCCAAGGACAGACGGGGCAGCUUGACUUUCAGUAAGACGUUCAGUGGAGCGUUUGAGGACACGCAGCCUUCCAGAUGCACGAAGCAGAAACAGGCAGCAGAUGUGGAUCUGUCUACUGAAGUAGCUACUCGCCUCAACCUGGUGGACAGAGAGACUGCUGCUGUCAGCACAGACUCACAUCAACACACAACAAGACACAUCGAUGAGGACGUCCCCCGGCUCUCCAAGGACAUGGCAGCGGAGGUGAGCUGUGCUCUGGCUCAGAGGGAUCCAAACCUGGUUCUCAGUGCAGCUUUCAAACUGCGCAUCACACAGAGAGACCUGGCCACGCUGCAGGAGGGAGGCUGGCUCAACGACGAGGUGAUGAACUUCUACCUGUCCCUGGUGAUGGAGCGCUCCUCUGGAGAAGCAGCAGGACUAAAGGUCUACUCCUUCAGCACCUUCUUCUUCCCCAAGCUGCGAGGAGGAGGAGGAGGAGGGCAGGCUGGAGGACACGCUGCUGUGAAGCGCUGGACCAAGGCUGUAGAUCUGUUCCUCUACGACCUGAUCCUGGUCCCUCUGCACCUCGGGGUCCACUGGGCCAUGGCUGUGAUUGAUUUUAAGUCAAAGACGGUGAAGUCGUAUGACUCGAUGGGCCAGAGACACGACGACGUCUGCAGCCUUUUACUACUAUACCUUAAAGAGGAGCACAGAGUAAAGAAAGGCAGAGAGCUGGACAGCACCAAGUGGACCGUUGGAAGCUUCAGGGCCACUGAGAUUCCCCAGCAGAGAAAUGGAAGUGAUUGUGGUGUUUUUGCCUGUAAAUAUGCUGAUUAUAUCGCUAAAGGAAGGCCUCUCACCUUUAAACAGUGCCACAUGCCUCUCUUCAGGAAAUUAAUGAUUUGGGAAAUCCUCAAUCAGAAGCUGCUAUAAAAGAUCACAACAAUCUGGAUCAAUCGCCCGGCAACAGUGACUUUCUCUAUGGAAGCAGCAUCUCUCAGUGUCUAAGACAGGAACUCUGGUGGAGAAACCAACCGAAUGGGCCAAAGAAGAGACUGAAUGAAAACGAAUCCAGUGUAGCUGUUCAUGUCUGGAGAAAUAAACACUAAAAGGUCUUAAAAGGUGAAUCUGUUGGGACGUAUUAACACUUUGUAAUCUCUGAGUUGUAAUUAGAGACGUUAUUGGGAUGAUAGUAGUGGAUGUAUUACACAUGUUUUGGCACUACUGACUGAAUGGCUUUUUUUUUUUUUUGUUAAAUUGACUUUGGAUUGUUGGUUCUGCUGCCUGAAGUGCCUUGAGCUCAACUCAGAGCAUGCUUUUUAUAGAUUUUCUGGGGAAAUUACUCAGUCACGUACAACUCAAAAGUCUAUUUUGGUGUAAUUUGGCGGCUCCUUUCCCAAUUAUUAUUAUUAUUAUUAUUAUUAUUAUUAUUUAUAAACUGAGUGGCUAGCAGCUAACUACAAUGCUAUUAAGUCAUGAAACCUAAUUAAUGUCUUUGAGAAUCCAGACAAUGAAAAUGAAAAAUACCUCCUCCAGUCCCUCCUUCAGACAAAAGAUGCAUGGUUGAGCGCUUGCAGUGUGUUUGUUUGUUUGUUUUGCUGUUAUUAUUUAUGACUUUAUGACUGGAUGAGAGUGUUUUCGGAGUGUGUGUAUAGUCUGUUGAUCCUCCGUGAGUGGAGCGUUUGUAGUAUGUAACAUAAGUGGCUGUUAGAUCUGUGAAUCUUUUUACAUGAACGUAUUGCGAGAGGCUGCUUGGGGCUUUUACAUGACUUACAGUAUCAAUACUGCAUAACAAACUACUGUACACACCUGCAUGUUUAGUUCAUGCUUAAAAAUGUGAUUUUUGUUUGUUUUCUUCCCUGUAAUAAAGUAUUUCUUUUUUUAAA